CUGCUUGCCUUCAUCCAAGAUGGCGGCAAAACGCUAUAUUUUUUCCUUGCAUUUAGAGAUCUGGGUUGUUUUCCUCAGAGCCUUUCAAAUAACACCCAAAGAGAGCGAAACAGAGCAGGCAUGCCUCUCUCGCAGUUUUCGAGGUGCUCCAGCGAAGGGGAAGGGGCCAGGGCGCAGGAGAACUACAAUUCCCAUGAGGCGGAGGGCGGCGCAGUGCGCGGUGAGCGCGGCGGUGGCGUCGGGCGGAGCGCGCCUGCGUGCUGCUUCCCGCGGCGGUGGCGGGAAGUGUGUCUGAGGUGGCUGUGGAGAAAAAACCAUGGUGGUUAUUUUCCGAAACCAUAAUUAGAGUGUGGCUCAUCAUGCAACACUUGAAGUAAUUCUGCCAGGCUUCAACCACAAACCCUUUCAGAGAGAAGGGAGACACUUCCCCAGAGGGAAAUAUCAAUUAAAUUCUGUUCUUCAGGGGCAAGAGUAGAUCCAAACCACUCCAACUCCAUUUCUUUCUUGUAAAUGCAGGAGAGUAGUUUUUACAGGAAUCUGAAGGUCAGAGGAUGCUCAGGUGAUCAUAUCCAUUCUUGCUGUUGAAUAUUGAAAAAUGAAAGAACAAGUGCAACUCUACCCAGCCCAGUUCUGCUGGAUAAGGAAAGCAGUUUUAGAAUUUCUUUGAUAUUAAAUAUAAUGUCAUUAUUAAAAAAGGGAAGUGACAUAUUCAAAGUAUCUUAACUGGGGGAAAAUAUUGUAACCUCCAGAUGUUCCUAACAGAAGAAAGAAAACUCUAACCAUUCACAAACACUUCUUGUCAGAAUGCAAUUCCUACAGAUACUGUCCAGGAAACCAGGGAAACUGGAAAUGCUUUUUCAAAUACCAUUUUGUCAAAAGCAAUUCCCAUGUUCAUGUCUGGCUACUUCUGCAUGUAUUUAUAGUAAAAAGAAAAAAGCAAACAGUUAUGAACAAGUUGACCAAGAAAAGUACAAAAACUUGGUCUACUCUGUUACAUCUUACAAAACCAGCGCCCAAACACCAGAGACAAUAUUUGAAGAAGACAAUUUGUUAUAUGGGCCACCGGAUAAACACAGACCUCCAGCUAAAGCUGGGACAAAGACUCCCAAGAACUGGGUUCCUUUAAUAAACCCCGACAAGAGAAUUUCCCCUCUCAACAGUGAUUCAAACCUCCCCAGGAAAAUCAUGUUACAAAAAAUGAAAAUGCCCAGUGUUACCCAUAUUCUUCAACAAACUCUCUCUCCACAGCAAGUCUUUUAUCUAGAAAGAUGGAAGCAGAAAAUGAUAGUGGAACUUGGAAAAGAUGGUUUUGAAAAGUACACCAAAAAUCUUUUCCUCCAAGGAGAGCUCUUUCAUUCAGCUUUGGAAUCUAUAUUCCUGUCUGAAGAGAUGGCAGUUAAGGAGAAGAGCGAAGAUGGUGUUAUUUCUGGUUACUUAUCAAGUGUGGAACAUGUCUUAGAAGAUAUCAGCGAAGUGAAAGCUCUGGAAAGUGGAGUUCAUCACGAGACCCUUCAGUAUCUGGGCCUGGUAGACUGCGUGGCGAAGUAUCGAGGCCAAUUGUGUGUGAUUGACUGGAAAACUUCAGAGAAACCAAAGCCAUUUCUGAAGAAUACUUAUGACAACCCAUUACAGGUUGCAGCAUAUAUUGGAGCCAUAAAUCAUGAUGCCAACUAUGACUUCCAGGUUCGCUGUGGACUCAUCGUGGUUGCCUAUAAGAAUGGUUCCCCUGCGCAUCCACAUUUCAUGGAUCCUGAUCUGUGCUCGCAGUACUGGAAUAAGUGGCUUUUGCGCCUUGAAGAGUACAUGGACAGAAACUGAGAAGAAACGAAGAAGCAGCAAGUGGUCUGAGCACAGAGACAAAACAAGACUUUUGUUUAUGUAUACCACUUUUAUUCUUUUUUUAAUAACUUUGGCUAAUUUCUUACCAUCAGGGGUAUUUUUUCCACCGUAAAGAAAACCAAAAACCAAAAAAAAUCCACGUGUGAAUUUCGAAUGGAGAAUAUGUAUUUGCUUAUGUUGUAGGUGACUUCAAUGGUCCGUGCAGGACAAAGUCAACUUAUUUAGCCUGCGUUUUCCCCCCCCCCCAGUUUAUACAACCUAAGGUUUAUAGAAAAGUUUUUAUUAUCAAGUAAAACUGUUCAAUGAAGUCGUCCUUCUUCGGUAAUUUUUGAGAAAAAAAUUGUUGCAGAACUAAAACUUUGAAGAGUGUUGGUGAACUAAAGCAAAAGAACAUCUGCAUUGUCUGAGCUGAGGGAAAUGCAAAUGAUAAAGAAUUGAUAUAGUAGACUGGAUUUCAGUCAGUUUAGUUCUUGCUCAUGUCAAAGGUCUCUAUUAACAGGCUUGUUACUAUUUGUGGAUUUUCUUUCAACCACAACUGGAAGACCUGUGCUAAGAAUUAUAAUGAAAGUUCUCAUUAAGUCUUGUGUAAUAUACUACAGCAAAAUGAUAAUUUAACAGAAGUGGCUCAGUAAGAGAGGAGCAGAAUUGUAAACAAUACUCUUAGAAAUUUCCAGCAAGUUUUCUGAAAGGUGGGGAGUUUGGCUAUUCGUAGUGGCUCCUACAGGUUUCUUAACGCACAGCCUGUGCAGCCCACAGAAGAAAUGGGCUCUGUACUUAGGCUUGUGAGCUCUGUGCAGGCCGAGGCUGCAACUGCCUUGAGCUCUCCUGACUUUGUGUGGGUCUGAGCCGACAAUGAGCCCACCCAGGUGGAAGGAUCUCCAGUGUCAAGUGAGUGUGUACGCCAGUGCAGGUGAGUUUUUGUAUAAAAGCAGGCUUGUGGCUGUGAAGCCAGGCAUUCUGAGGGAUGAAGAGCUGCUGGUUGGUUUUUGGAGGGUGGUUUUUUUGUGGGUUUGUGUUUGUUGUUUUGUUGUUUGUUUUUUUUUUUCAGAUAAGUUUCUGAAUAAAUGUUUUGAAACAGAAGUUAAUUUUUAAGCUUAUAAAAUCAAGUCUGUAAGACAUAGAAUAAGCCUUGAUGAUGUCAGGCAGUAUUGCUUUGUGUGUUGCACACCUGGAAAGCUUUUUCCCUCAUUCUCAUUGUUUUAUCCAAAUUGUAUGUAUGAGUUUUCACAAUACCACUGCAGAUUACAAAUAAAAAUAUGACCAACCCA